GGCGGCGGGCAGCAUGGCCGCGGCCGCUGACUCGCUUUCCCGCGCCGACGCGCCGGCAGUGCGGUUGCCGCGGUCGCCGCCGCUCAAGGUGCUGGCGGAGCAGCUGCGGCGCGACGCGGAGGGCGGCCCGGGCGCGUGGCGGCUGUCGCGGGCGGCGGUGGGCCGCGGGCCGCUGGAGCUGGCGGCCGUGUGGAUGCAGGGCACGGUGCUGGCGGCGUGCGGCGGCGAGGCGCUGCUGCGGGACCCGAGCGGGGUCUUCUCGGUGCGCGGCCUGGAGCGGGUGCCGCGCGGGCGGCCCUGCCUCGCCCCAGGAAAGUAUGUGAUGGUGAUGGGCGUGGUUCAGGCCUGCAGCCCAGAGCCAUGCCUUCUGGCUGUGAAGAUGACAGAUCUUUCUGAUAAUCCCAUCCAUGAAAGCAUGUGGGAACUAGAAGUGGAAGAUUUACAGAGGAAUAUUCCUUGAGGUUGGAACCGUCCUUAAAAACACCUAGAAUUUCUGAAACAAUUUAGGCUCUUAUAACCCUGCGGAUUUCACGGGACAUUAUUCAAUGUGCAUUUCUCAAAAGUUUCUCCGCUUUGCUUUGGUUGACCAAGGAGUCCAGAUGUAGGAAUUUGAAAAUGCUGGGAUCCUUCAGUUAACACGCCUCUGCUGCCCCUUGCUCUGUGUUUGCUGAUGAAAAGCAGAUGCUAUGCGGUUUUGUUUUUUUUUUUCCUUUUUGGUUUGUGUGUGUGUUAAUUCUCUCUCUCUCUCUCUAAAGUACACAGAAAUCUCACGUUGCAUUUUCCAGAUUUUACGAGUGAUGACACUUUUUCCGUGACUGCUGCAUGUCCGUUUUACGAUGCAAAAUUUGACUCCCAGUCAUUGCCCGUGGUGACUGAAGUGCGGCUACGGGCAGGAAGACAGGCUGUGUAGAAACGGAGUGACGCCAUGGCUCCUCGGUGUCCUCGUCAAUGGCCGCCCUGUCCAGUUUGCAAGUCACGUGGCAAUUCCCAGCGGCAGGCACGGCGGCCCUCGAGGAUGCAGGUCCCUUUAUGCUUCGCACGAGGCUCAGACACGUAAGGUCCCUUUCCCUCCGUGAAGGCGACACCUUCUUCCUUCUCUCGGAGAUGUUGAGCCGUUUUCAGAUUUUCUCGUUGAAAUGAAAGAAGGUUGAGAACAACUUUCAGGCCUUAGCUAAACUUCCGCUUCGUGACUUUUGGCAAGACGCUGCAAGGGGGCGGCCUCCUCCCGGUUCGAGGUCCUACGUGUUUUGUGUGGAAUGGCCUUUCGUCAUGUUUGUAUUGAACGCCGGGUUUCUGCGAGCUGCUUGUCACCCGUGCCUGAUUUUUCUUUAGAUUUGUAAACGUCAAGGGAGUCGGAUCACGUUCUGACAUUGCCAUGCAGUUUAGUCUGAUUUUUACCACUAAUAAAUUUUUUUAUAUGC